AGUUGAUGCUGCGAGUUGGUCCAACGGUCUGUGAUCUGACUCUAAAUAGAGAUCACAGGCAAAGUCAGAACAUCUAAAACUUUGGACCAGUGCUAGUGUGACCACCUCAACCAAUGCAUCUUCCAUGGCGCCAGAAGAAGCAGGCAUCAGAAGAGGACACAUCGUCCCUACCUUCUGAACAGCACGGGCCCGCAGCGCGCUGGUCUGCUACGAAAGAUGUUUUCAAGAGGUAUGUGGCUACUACACAAGCGAACGCGAACACCACUCUUCAAGAGUAUAACGCCAACAUCCAAAACCGCCUCAGAGCCAGAGCGUACGAUCUCGGGUCACGUCCCGCUGCAUAUCUUAUUUUAUCCGGUAUCUUCCUGGGCUCUGUUUCGACGCUUGGCACGACAUUCGUGUACAGGCGGUAUUUUAGACGUUUGAGGACAGCUGAAUGGAUUACACCUGAUAUACUUCAGCGGAAGAGAUGGGUGAGGGGCGUUGUGACGAGUGUAGGGGAUGCAGACAAUUUCAGGCUGUAUCAUACCCCUGGUUUUGGGUGGAGGUGGCCACUGAAAUUCAGGAGAGUACCAACUUUGAAUAAAGAUCUUAGAGAGCAAACGAUACACGUUCGUAUUGCAGGCGUUGAUGCACCCGAGGGAUCACACUUUGGUCGCCAAGCUCAACCAUACGCUUCAGAAGCUCUCGCGUGGUUGAAGAAUAUGAUCGAGGGCAAGAUAGUCUACUGCCAGCUCGUUCGGCGUGACCAAUAUUUUCGUAUUGUAUCUGUAGUCACUCUUGCGCCAUCGCUCCUUCCAGGCUGGCUUAUCACAGGCCGAAGUCUCGCACUUGAGAUGAUCCGGGCUGGCACGGGCCUGACCUAUGUACAAGCAGGUGCAGAGUACGGGAAGUAUGGAAAGGACGAGUUCUUGAGAGUUGAAGCUGAGUCGCGAGCUGCGCGCAGAGGCAUGUGGAAACACGGUACAGUGGGGGAAACCCCCGCACAGUAUAAACGGCGUCACGCGCAGGGUGGGACGGAAGUUGAGGCUCAAGCCCAAGGUACGGUCAAGGCAGAGAGAGAGAACUCGAAGAAGGGUGGGCCGAGAAGGAUUUUGAAGAGACUUUGGCGGUGGAACGGUUAAAUGAAGAUUGUGUAAAAAUAAGUACAACUGACUGGUGCCUUGCAAAGGUGUGCGCCGGGAGCUAGAUUCGUGCAUGGCGAGUGCUUGUCUAAAAACAAAUUUAGCGCCCUUCAUUCGCAGGCCGGCAUAUAUGAAGGAUACAUGAGCGGCGGGAAUCAAGCGAGUCCG